AUGGAGCUUAAAUCGAUGCCUGUAGCAGUUGAUUUUGAUUUACACUUGGAAAGUCAUAAGACUUGGCUGGCUUCCAGAAAGUUCCAGAGUAACAGAACUGAUCCAGCUUAUUGUGAUGAGGAACUUGAAAUGCAAACUAUAAACAAAGAAUUUGCAGAAAAACAAGAGAUAUUUCAGCAGUCAAUGGCAGAAAUUGCAACAGAAUUGGCCCUCGUAAAUCAACAUAAAGAAAGCUUGCAACAACAGCUGAAUGAACGGGAGAAGACUCUGAAUCAGGAAAGACAAGAUGAAGAAAAAUCUGUGAAAUCUGCACCACAUACCACACAAGCUUCUAUGUCAAAGGUCACUUCUGGAAGCUCGGGAUUAGGAAGAGGUGCAAAUCCUUCAUCGCUAGAAGGGGUGGAGAGCCAAGAGGAUGAAACCCUACAAGAAGCUUUCUCAGAUGCCUUUCCUGCAAAUGAAGUUGUAUUGAACAAGUAUUCAGCCAUGCUUUACCUCUCUUGCAAUGGUGGGAUCACUUAUGAAGAAGCGAAAGAAGGCACAGUGUGUUUGAGCUGUGCAGAAAAGGCAAGCAUGAAAUCAGUCAAUAGUUUUGUUCCGCAUGACAGGGAAAUGAUAUUUUGUGCUGAAACAAACAAUAUAUAUGACUGGGUAGAAAGUCUGUCAAAAGGUCCAAAAUACGAGGAGUGA